CCCGCGCCCUCCCGGUCCCGCCUGCCGCAGGUUUCCCACAGAUUCCGCACACGGAAACUCAGGUGUGCGCAGAGGCCCCGAAUUCCUCCGCAGGUUGGUGCGUGUGCGCUGCCUGCGAUGUCGUGAGCUGGCCCCGGGCGAGUAGAACUGCCAGGAAGCCUCUGUCCCUCCCGUGGGGACCUCUCCAUAGAGCUCCGUGAGUGUCCUCACUACAUGACAGCCGACUUCCUUCAGAGUGCGUAAUCUAACUUCAGAGUUAGAGUGAUCUAAGAGCUGUGGUGUCGUUUAUGACCAAGCCGUCAUACUCCUUCAUUUCCACAAUAUCCGCAUGGUUACACAGGUCAAUCCUGUUUACUGUGGAAGGAGACGACACAAAGAUGUUGAAAACCAAGAAAUACUCCUGUUAUAUGAAGUUGAAUAUGGAGGAAGAAGAGGACUAUAUGUCUGAUUCCUUCAUUAAUGUCCAAGAAGAUAUCAGACCAGGAUUGCCAAUGCUGAGGCAAGUUCGAGAAGCUCGUCGAAAAGAAGAAAAGCAACAAGAAGCUAAUUUGAAAAAUAGGCAGAAGAGUUUAAAAGAAGAAGAACAAGAAAGACGGGACAUUGGGUUGAAGAAUGCACUAGGCUGUGAAAACAAAGGGUUUGCUUUGCUCCAGAAGAUGGGAUAUAAAAGUGGUCAGGCCCUUGGCAAGAGUGGAGAUGGUAUUGUUGAACCAAUUCCUCUCAAAGUCAAAACAGGAAAAAGUGGCAUUGGUCAUGAGACAUUAUUAAAACGGAAAGCAGAGGAAAAAUUAGAAAGCUACAGAAGAAAGAUUCACAUGAAAAACAAAGCUGAAGAAAACGCUGCAGAACAGUUCCGAAUGCGACUUAAAAGUAAGCAAGAUGAAAUGAAGCUGGAAGGAGAUCUUAGAAGAAGCCAGCGAGCCUGUCAGCAAUUGGAUACUCAGAAGAAUAUACAGGUUCCCAGGGAGGCCUGGUACUGGCUGAAGCUUGAAGAGGAGACUGAAGAAGAGGAAGAGGAAGAAAACAAACAAGAUGAAGAUGAAUAUGAGAGUGAAGAUUUAAGUGUACUGGACAAAUUACAGAUACUGACGAGUUAUUUAAGAGAAGAACAUCUGUAUUGUAUUUGGUGUGGCACAGCCUAUGAAGAUAAAGAAGACCUGUCUUCAAAUUGCCCAGGACCAACUUCUGCAGAUCAUGACUGAGAUUCUCAAUAAAGUAGAAACUUGGAAAAUGCUGUUGUUUCCUAGACAGUUAAGCAGUUAGAAUUCCCAACAAUUUUUAUGCCAAAUUUUUAUGUUUGGUUUUUGGUUUUUGUUUUUUUGUACUGUAGAAGUACUUUGUACUUUAGAAUAUAAAAGUUCAUGGACUCCAAUAAAAUAAUGGAAUGCUUUUUCAGAACACCAGAUGGGCCAUUACAAGUUAUGGCUCUAUUGUGAUGCUUAUGGAAUUUAAGGACACCAACAGGUAACUCUGUUAUUCCCCUCUUCACUUCGGAACAAGUUGAGAAAUAAGAUGUGGAAGUCAGAUAUCACAAUAUCAGCUUUAUUGUCCGUGAAGCUGAAACAGAGAGCAAGGCUGACCUGUCUCCAGUCAGGCUCCUGAUAAACCUGCCUGAUUGGAGAGAACAACAGGCCUCUGCCUUGCAGGGACACAGCCCCACUUUGAAUUUUGAGACCAGUUAGCUUUCUAGGUGAGAGGAUCCACCAGGGACUGGGCCUCACCAGCAGGUUUCCCAAAAUCACUCAUCAGAUAAGACACCCCUGCCCUGGCUGGUUUGGCUCAAUGAAUAGACAGUCAGCCCGCCCACUGAAGGGUCCUGGAUUCAAUUCCCGUCAAAGGUUCUCUCUCACAUCGAUGUUUCCUCCCUUCCACUCUCUCUAAAAAUCAGUGGAAAAAUAUCCUCAGGUGAGGAUUAACAAACAAACAAACAAAAAGACACCCCUCGACUGGGAGGGAAUGAAUGAGGGUUCACAGAGCUUGUUCCCACACUUCUCAGAGCUCCCUGCCUUAAAACAGACCAUUCCAUUGCUGGGUAGGUCUAAGCAAUUUCAAAGUUAUUGUUCUGUCUUAAGCUGAAAUCUGCUUCCUUAUUAUUUAACUGAAUACAGCUAAAGACCUACUGUAGCCCACCUCUAUGGAGCUCCAUCUAAGGUUGGGCAUCAAAAUCGUGAACUUUUUUUUAAGUGAUUUUGAUUAGCUAAUCUAGGAUGGUUUCUAGAUGUCUGCAUUUAUUUUAAAGUUCUAAGAAUGAGUCUCAUAAGCACCUGUGGGUGAGAACUAAUGCUGUAGGUUAAAUAUAAGGCACUGCUGCUCUUGGGAUAGCAUUGUGAACUCACCUGUACAGUUUUAUCUCUCACCUUCCAGUAGCGAAGAGCAAGAGGUCAACCUCUUCUCCCUUUUGUUAGAAACAGCAUACACGAGAACAUAGCAAACGCUAAGCUACACUGGCACAAGCUAAUCAAUAGCACAACUUGUUUUGGCCUCCGACCUAACAUGACCCAGUUCACUUGUCCUCAAGUUGAACUUGGGGAGCUUUAAAAAAUAAUACGAGGGUCCCGCCCCCAGGGGUUCUGAUGUUAUUGGUCACUGGGACCUUGGCAUCACUGCCCUUGAUUCUAAGAUGCAACAGAUCUUGAGAACCACUAACCUGGUUAACUUCUGGGCCUCAGUUCUUCAUACAGAGCAUGAAUCAUUUUUAUGAAUAUAAGUACAUAUAUAAAAUAUGGGGGACAUCUGUAAUACUGUCAACAAUAAUGUUAAAAAUAUAUUGGAGUUCAUAUAGUUAAUAAUGCUGCUGAAUAUUGUUUCAUUUAAAAACAAUGCUGUUGAAUAUUGUUUCAUUUAAAAAUAAUAAAACUAUGUUAAUA